GCCUGACCAUAUAUGCCUGAGGCGCUGGGGAUUGAAACCCUCUCCCGUGACUCCGAGGCUGUGCUCACACCAAAAGUUACAAGUCUAUUAGUCUAGGCGGCGGCGUUCACCAACUCACUCACUUCUUUCCCCCUCAAGUCUCCACCGCCUAUGAUCCUCCCUCUCUCUGCUACUCCUUUUCCUUCCUUCUUCGUCUCCUCGGGUAUUAAUUUAACAUCGCUAGUUUGAUUCGCUUCCCUUUGUUGUUUUUCCCUCCUUCCCUCUCGAUGAGUGCCCGCCCGACUCCCCUUCGACGGCCGUCCGAUUGGUCAUAGCUUCUCAGCCAACAAAAGACCCUUCGUACCUAACACGGAACCUCCCUGAAAAACCCCUCUGUGUUCGUUGUUCUGGCACGGUAGUCUUCUGGUUUCUGUAUCGGAGGGACUCAAUAAUGCGACCACCACGUCUGAUUGUUCUCGUUUUUUGUUUCAUUUUCUUUCCUAUCUUCCUCACUCUCUUUUCUGUUCUUACAUCAUCAUCCCGGGUGACCACUCCUAGGUCGUUCGCCGGUCGAGCGACGGGACUCCAUGCUCUCUUUUCCUUUAAUAUACCCUCGUCGCUAUUCCCGCCGUCUGCGAUUAUCAGCCUGACGGAUGAUAAUUCGACGUUCUUCUUGGCCAGGCCCGCAGCGUUUGGCCCUCUCCUCCCUGACAAGGGACUCAGUGGCCAGCUAUGGAUCGGUAGCGGAUUUGGAGAUAGAACCACUGCCGGGGCGGAAGGAGAAUUAGGGUGUUCGGAUAUCCCAGGAUGGGGGGAGGGUGACGGUCGCAGGCAAGAUACCACGGCGACGUCGGACAGCAAGCUCGGGAAGCCUCCGUCUGGUGCAGGAGCGGACCCGGCUACCUCGAACAAUUAUCGUACGGAUUCCAAGCAGGACACCGACUCACAAUCCAAUACCAACGAUGGUGUUGUCACCCCGUCAACGAAUGAUGGCACGGACGAUCAUCUCCACCACCCACUCCCCGAAUCUACAGUAGUAGAGCCCAGUACAUCGGAGCAGCGCGGGGAUAGCCAUCAGAAUAGGCAAACUGAACAUGCCGACAUACAAUCUCUCCAAGAGAGCGCUGAAAUAAGCGGCAGAGUGGUUUUGUUGAGUCGGGGUGGCUGUGGCUUCUUGGAGAAGGUCAAGUGGGUACAAAGGCGCGGAGGAAUCGCUCUAAUCGUUGGGGAUGACACUCGCGGAGGCAGUCUGAUCACCAUGUACGCGCGGGGUGAUACGUCGAACGUGACAAUUCCUGCGCUCUUCACUUCCUAUACUACGGCGCAUUUGCUAUCAUCCCUGGUUCCCCCGCAGGCCGGAGGAGAUCUGAGCGUAGAUGAUGCUUCUGGACCGCGCCACACAAAACUUUCAAGCCACGGUACUUCUGGAAACCAGUAUGUAGCGCCUACAACUACGUCUGCUGCGCCAUUUACGUCUCCAACUUCCACACGGUAUGCCACAUCAUCUGGUGGAAAGUCGACCACCGCGACCCGCAAACUGGGCUUCGUUCAAAGCCUCAUGUCUCUAUUAGGGGGAGGAAGAAAUAUUAGACAUUCCGGCCGCCUUCCCGAGGAUAGCCAACGGCCACCUAGUAGUGGAAACAUUAACUGGGUGCUAAAGGAUACCUGGGAUGACCAGGAGAUACCCGGGGAUGGCUCCGAUCGCGCCCACAGCCAAGCCAAGGCCGAUAGCGGUGUCGAUGACCGCAAGAGACCCGACAUUGUCUCAGAAGGGACUGACAGUGAUGGGUUUGUCAUUGGUAUUCAGGAUUGGCGAGACCCCGACCUAGUAGCUCCCAUCAGCAGCUCAAUCCCAUCACCGAGUAGUGCUCCAGAGUCGGACGCUAGCAAAACGCAGAUGACUGGGAAAGGCUCACGCCCCACAGGCGCUUCGCUCAAGGGUGGCAGCAUUACCCCCGGAAGUGGCGAGUAUCGUACAGUCGAUAAGUCAAAAGCCAACGAAGCAGAUUUACAGAGAUCAAACCGCCAGAGCUUAGGCAGAGACACUCGAGCAUCCUCUCCGCAGAGCAAAGGUUGGUUUGCAAGGCACUUCUCUUGGAAAAAGGCGGAUUUGAGCCAGUCCGUCAGGCGAGACUAUCUAGAGGAUCGAAAGGUGCAUGGCGCAUAUUCUCAGAGCAAUAAAAAUGUUGGGCAGCUUGAACACGAGGGCUUAUGGGUCACCUUGACACCGACAAGCAUGUCUACUAGUCCCUUCUUCGAUACGCUUCUGAUUCUUGUCGUGAGCCCUUUGCUCACACUGACUGUUGUAUAUGCUCUUCUGUUGCUGCGCUCUCGUAUCCGUCGAAGACGUUGGCGAGCCCCUAAAUCUCUCGUUGACCGUCUUCCCGUGAGGACUUACCACACCAUCACCACAUCUUCGUCCUCCACGUCAAGCUCGUCGCGGUCCACUAGUCCUGGCCCGGUUUCGCAAACAUCGCCCUUGCUGGGCUCUGGAAACCGGUCGGGACAACGUCGCACUCAGGAAACACCGGGGAGCGGGGUAGAGCCGAAGAGCCCUAAGCGGAAGUCUCCUAAAAAGGAGAAAACUGGCUCGUCAUCUACUUUGUGGCGACGCAAGUAUACUGGGCGGCAGGUUGAGUGCGUCGUCUGCCUCGAAGAAUACGUUGACGGGCAAAGCAGGGUGAUGAGCCUGCCCUGUGGGCAUGAGUUCCAUGCCGAGUGCAUUACACCAUGGUUGACCACUCGUCGGCGAACCUGUCCCAUUUGCAAAGGGGAUGUCGUUCGGUCCAUGUCUCAAAAUAAGGCUGCUGAAACACGCGAAUCCUCAGAAUCCGUGGACCAUCCCCAUGGCCACGAGUUAGAGAAUGCAUCGUCUGCUCCCUUACCGAUCAUGAACAACGGUGAGGAUGAGGUGUCGGACCUCGAACGCCACAGCAGUUCUGAUGUUGGACUCCUUGAACGGCACUCUUCUUCGGCGCCUCCGCCAAACUGGAGAAACUUCGCCGCGCUUAGCUUUUCCGCCCUCAACGGCGAUACUAUUUGGCAUCAAGGCCGGACUGAUCGCGAGCGGUAAUCUCUUCUCAUCCUUUCCUUCUACAAUACCCCUGGCAUAUAGUUGUUUGCAGAACAUGGGCAUUAGUUUCUUCCAAGGAACUCGCUGCCCUGCGCGAAAAUGUUUUCCAUUGGCGAUCUUUUAGGCUGCUCACUUUGAGCUUGGUUGGCGUUACGGAUAUGGUGAGCAGGCGCAGUGCAGACCCAGGAAGAUCGUUAGCUACAAACUAUUAUUCCUGGACAGACUUUUCCAUUUUUCUACGUGCUAAACCUGGCGAAUCGUAUAGCGACUGGACUACCCUUGUCUUGUUCAUUCUCUUCCUUUUUUUUUCCCAUGUUUCUCCUAGUCAAAUCGCAGUAUUGACCACGUAUGUACAUUAAAAAAAAUAAAACCAUUGAUGAAUCUCGGCUUUAUAAAUAGCUGAAGACAUGACGUCAUAGCCGCGUACUAAGCUUCUCCUGACUUUUCUGUGUUUAUUUCUCUCCCCCCCAUCAACUCUCUCCCUGGCAGUUAAAA